AUGGCUUCCUCAGAGAAAACCGAGAUUGAAGAGAUUGCACUAAAUACAGAACCGCAACCCCAAACUCGAGAUUUUGAGGAGCUCAAAGUCCUGUCGAAUCCGCCACAAGCCUCGAUAGGGCUUGGGAAAAUUGAUGAUAUAAUUAUUGAUACUGUCAAUGCCGAGACGGAGUACACCCCCGAGCAGUUUCGGAAACUCCGAUGGAAGAUCGAUCUUUGGCUGUUGCCUUUGAUGUGGGUUUGCUUUGGGACACAGCAAGCGGACAAGACGUCGGUCAGUGUUCAAGCUGUAUUCGGAAUUCGCACAGACACACAUCUCGUCGGGCAGCAAUUCCCUUGGCUCACGACCAUCUUUUACAUUUCAUACCUUGUUGCUGAAGGUCCUGCUAACUUUCUCAUGCAACGGGUGAACGUGGGUAAGUUCCUCGCUGCGAACAUGUUCGUCUGGGGGAUUAUUGUUCUCUGCAUUGCAUUUGCUCAGAACUUUGCUGGCCUCAUGGUUCUUCGGGCCCUUCAGGGUGUAUGUGAAUGUACCAUCUCUCCCACGUUCCUCCUUUUGACCGGGCUAUGGUACACCUCACGCGAGCAUACAAUGCGUUCCAUCAUAUGGGGAACUGCAAAUGCUGGUAUGCAGGUCAUCGCAAGUCUCAUCAGCUACAGUAUUGGGUUCCAGGCUCAGAAGCAUCCUGGUGGACUUCCCCCCUGGCGAGGAAUUUCAAUAUUUCUCGGGUGCCUUACCCUUACCAGCUCUGUGCUUGUCUUCUUCAUUUUGGGUACGCCACGUGAAGUUCGAUGGUUGUCCGAGGAUGAGAAGCGAAUGGCUAUUGCGAGAGUUGUUGCAAAUCAAACAGGUUCCGAUCGUCAAAAACGAGACCACUGGAAAUGGAGCCAAGCUCUCACUGCCUUCAAAGACCCCCAAACGUACUUUUUCUUCUUCGUAGUCAUCGCCAACUCCCUGCCAAACGGUGGUAUCACCACCUUUGGAAAUUUGGUUUACGUUUCGUUCGGGUUUACUUCACUAGAGACUUUGACGGAAGGGACGGUCCCGCAACAGGCUGUCUCUGUUCUUUGGUUUCUCCUUGUUGGCUAUACCACUUUGAAGAAGCCCAAUCUCCGUUUCUUCUUCAUGAUGGUGUCACUCCUUCCCGCAUUUGCAGGUAUGAUUGCACUGGCGUUACUUCCCAACGGCAAAUCCUUGUUGUGGACCAAAUGGGGCUUAUAUCUCAUGACUGUGACCGGCAACCUCCCGGGACUUUUAAUUUGGACAAUUCUUCCUUCCAACGUAGCGGGAAGAACAAAAAAGAGUGUCACUGCAACUGUGUUGUUCAUUGCUUACUGUACCGGAAAUGCCAUUGGUGCCCAACUCUUCCAAGCAAAGGAUGCCCCUCGUUAUCUUCCAGGUCUUACAGCUUGCGGGGUAUUGUUUGGCGUUGAGUUCGUCUUGAUGGCUACCUGGCGUGGCUAUUAUAUGUGGCAGAACAAGAGGCGUGCUACCAAGAUUGCUGAGCUAGGAUUGACAGUUGAAGAAGCUCAACGUCAAGGUCGAGUAAAUGCCGAGUCGGACAUGACUGAUUUGGAAAAUAUCUUCUUCAAGUACUCGUUCUGAAGUACAAGUUUUACGCCUCUACACAUAUUACUCUCAAG